AUGGCCAGCCCUCCGGGUGCUUCAAGCCCUCUACAUUUUGGUGAUUCGAGGGCGUACGAAUCUCUGCUCGACAGUUCUUCUGAGUCUUCAGAUUCCUUCGCCGACAGCGACCCAAACCAUAACCCCGAGCCGUGCCCUUGGCGAACGACCCAGUUCCACGACCAGGAAUGCUCUCUCUUCUUCGACUGCCCAUCUCACCUCGUCGAGCGCAGCCUAUCAGUUACCGGCUCGAUUCACACGCAGCCUGCACAUGACGAUGGUGCAAUAGCAGAUCCCGACCCGGCUAGCGACGAUAGUAGCCCGAACGGCCAAAGUGCCGCCGUGCUCUCGGAAUCGACGCCGGGAGAAGACGAUAUCUACAGCCCCCAACAAUCCCCCAACCUAGAAGAAAUCCAUAGUAGAGCUCUUACGGCAGAAAUCAUUGACCCGGAUAGCCCCACCCAAGACAUCGCUGGUUUGGCAGAUAACACUGAUCUCAUGAACGCGCUGCCCGCACUGCCGAUUACACCGACUGAGGACGAGCCGGCAAGCAGCUCACGCUCGAGAGUUGAUGCCCGAUCCGAGCAACUAGACCUACAUCCUGGACAGACGGAAAGCCAUUCCAGACCGAGGAGUGAACAGGAGAGGGGGUUGCCAGACCUACCAGGCUUGCCAGACUUACCCCAACCUCGGAGAGAGAGGACUCCCGUAUCCCGCGAAAGGAUGGACGCCCCUCUACCAUCCCCCCGUGGGGUACAAAGUGAAGCUCUACCACCGCUCCCACCCCCGCCGCAAGGUGAGGUUGAAGGAAGCACAACCUCGGAGUGGUCUGUCCCAAGAUGGCAGCCCGAUGCUGAGGUGACCUAUUGUCCUAUUUGCCGUGCGCAGUUUAGUUUCUUCGUGCGCAAACAUCACUGCAGGAAAUGUGGAAGAGUUGUCUGCAACUCGUGUUCGCCGCACAGGAUCAUCAUUCCGCAUCAGUACAUCGUCCGACCUCCAGGUUCAGAUGUCGGCAUACCGCAGUCUCUAUUACUCGAUGGCCUAGGGGCGGGAUACUUCGAUAUCAACAGUAUAGCGGGUGGUGAGCGGGUGAGGUUAUGCAAUCCAUGCGUUCCAGACCCCAACACAGCGCCACCGCAAAGCCCAGGCACUCCAGCGACCAUGUCACCACGAUCUUCACACCAAAGAUCCAGGAGCAGUGCUACGGGCCAAUAUGGCACUUUGCCCGCGUCAAACCGGCAUGGGACAAUCUUCGUCCCAGGAACUAGCACCGACCAGUAUCAAUACCUUGCUUCUAGGUCAAGGAGCAUCACUGUGGGCACUCAGGGGUCGAGUUCAACACACGGGUCUUCCUCUCGCCGCACGAGAAGCGGGACGCAUCAAACCCCCAUCGAGCGGCUACUGUCGGGCGGUUCAUCCUCAUCAUACCCCAACCGAUACAGCCGGCACGGGGAAGCAGCAUCGUCCUCACAGCAACGAGCUCUCCCGCCGACUCCCCAAAUUGCAGAGGAGGAUGAGUGCCCAAUCUGCCACCGUGAGCUCCCAUCUCAGAGCCUACCCAACUCUGAGGCUCUUCGAGAAUCCCACAUCACCAUGUGUAUCCAGACACAUAGCACCUACGGGACACCCCGCAGCGGAGAUGAAGCAGCUGCCCCUCCAGCCGCACCACGACGGACGGGCAUGUACACGUAUCCGGCAACCGAGAAGGACUGCAUUGAUGAUGCGGAGUGCACCAUUUGUCUCGAGGAAUUUACAGUCGGGAUUCCCAUGGCACGACUAGAGUGCCUAUGUCGAUUUCAUCGGUCUUGCAUUUCGGCGUGGUUCGUCAACCACCCUGGGCGAUGCCCGGUUCAUCAGCAUGACGGGUUUGGUUAUUAA